ACCCACAGCCUCUUCAGCAGAGCCCUCUUCUCCUGCCUUUGCUGUAUCUGGUCAAGUUCCUAACAAGAUGUCCUGCCAGCAGAGCCAGAAGCAGUGCCAGCCUCCUCCCAAGUGCCCCUCCCCGAAGUGCUCCCCAAAGUGCCCCCCAAAGAGCACAGCACAGUGUCUGCCUGCAGCCUCUUCCUGCUGUGCUACAAGCUCUGGGGGCUGCAGUGUCCCCAGCUCUGAGGGAGGCUGCUGCCUGAGCCACCACAGGCGCAGGUCCCACAGAUGCAGGCGCAGGAGCUCCAGUUCCUGUGACCGUGGCAGUGGUCAGCAGUCUGGGGGCUCAGGCUGUGGUCACACCUCUGGGGGCUGCUGCUAACUUGGAUCCUGAGGCAGAGACAAGGGAUUUCAGUGGGAACAAGAAACUGAGAAGUCAAGGAAAAUUCAGCCUGCCUUAUCCAUUCCCAGAGGCACUGCUGGAUUCUUCUGUCCAAGGUUUCAACUCCCCUAGGAAUUUCUCUUCCUGUCUGAUGUCUGGGACCUUACAGUCCCCAUUCCUGCCCUAGCUGAGGACUGCAUAUGUCCUACACAUAUGGAUUUCAAAAAUAAAACUGCUUGAACUGUAA